GGGCGGGCGCGGUGCGCAGGCGCGGAGGGCGGCGGCGCGGGCGGAAUGGGGACUGCAGCGGGGGCAGCGGCGGCGGCCGGGGAGGGGGCGCGCAGCCCGAGCCCGGCUGCAGUGUCGCUCGGCCUGGGCGUGGCUGUGGUGUCCAGCCUGGUGAACGGAUCCACGUUUGUGCUGCAGAAGAAGGGCAUCGUGCGCGCCAAGCGGCGAGGUACUUCCUAUUUGACAGACAUUGUGUGGUGGGCAGGCACAAUUGCAAUGGCUGUUGGCCAGAUUGGGAACUUCCUGGCUUACACUGCGGUCCCCACAGUCCUGGUGACUCCCCUGGGUGCCCUCGGAGUGCCAUUUGGGUCUAUUUUAGCUUCUUACCUUCUGAAGGAGAAACUCAACAUCUUGGGCAAGUUGGGGUGUCUGCUAAGUUGUGCAGGUUCUGUCGUGCUGAUUAUCCACUCCCCCAAAUCAGAGAGUGUGACAACUCAGGCCGAGCUGGAAGAGAAACUGACCAAUCCAGUGUUUGUGGGCUAUCUGUGCAUCGUGCUUCUCAUGCUGCUGCUGCUCAUCUUCUGGAUCGCACCAGCUCACGGACCCACCAACAUCAUGGUCUACAUUAGCAUCUGCUCCUUGCUGGGCAGUUUUACCGUGCCUUCCACCAAGGGCAUUGGACUGGCAGCCCAAGACAUCUUCCACAACAACCCGUCCAGUCAGCGCGCCCUCUGCCUGUGCCUGGUGCUCCUGGCCGUGCUCGGCUGCAGCAUCAUCAUCCAGUUCAGGUAUAUCAACAAGGCGCUCGAGUGCUUCGACUCCUCCGUGUUUGGGGCCAUCUACUACGUCGUGUUCACCACGCUGGUUCUGCUGGCCUCCGCCAUCCUCUUCCGGGAAUGGAGCAAUGUGGGGCUGGUGGACUUCUUGGGGAUGGCCUGUGGGUUCACCACCGUCUCUGUUGGGAUUGUCCUUAUACAGGUGUUCAAAGAAUUCAAUUUCAACCUUGGGGAAAUGAACAAAUCAAAUAUGAAAACAGACUAAGAUGUAAUGGGAGGAAUUGGGUGGCAGGAAAAAUGGAUGUGGUGUCUGGUCCUAAUUUGAUGUGAAGUAGAAGAGCCCCUGAACCUGGUAUUAGUAUUAGUGGGAGAGGGGGAAUUGCCCAGCACCAGGGUGGGGGCCCAGCCCCUGCUGCAGUCUGACAUUACUAAAUGGUUGCUUGGCGCCAUCUCUCUCUGAUGAGUGGUAUCUCAUGUUCCUUUAAUCUGAAAGUUUUCAUGAAUCCUCUUUACUUUUUAAACAUUUUAACACUGAAAUAGAAAAUAGAGACUCUUUCUGGUGAGUCUUCACAGGGAAGCAGGUUACUUUGGAAAUAGGAAGAUCAUGUUGAAAUUUGACUAUAUAGUAAAUGUUUAUGUAGUCAUGUUAUUUUGCAUUAAGCAUGUGUAACAUUCAGGUACCACAUUCAAAUAAGAGAUAUAUACAUUUGAUUAUUUUUAAUCCUAUAACAUCCCAUUGUA